GUCAGCGAUGGGGCAGCCUUGUAGUUUCAACUCCAAUGUUGUCAUCUCCACUAAGCCACACUGUUUCUCUGUACUUGUUUAACUGGCUGAUGCUUCAAUGAAUAUAGGAGUUUCAUAUUUUAAAUUGAUGCCCAGCAGGCCUAGCAAUAACAGCCUCUGUUCCUUUAAAUUCAAAGGCGUGGACCUGCUGUCCUUGUCACUGAGGAAGAGAAGCUAUUUAAUAAUGAAUAAGCACCAGAGCCUGGGAUUCACUCAGUCCUGGCAGCCACAUGCAAAGGCCCAAUAAAGGCUGUGGGGUGGGGAGCUGAAUUAGAAUGACAUCAUUGGCUCAGUGAAGGGGGGUGGGGGCGGGUCUGAGCAGCUAGCCGCACAUACACGAUACACACACACGCGCGCACACACACACACACACACACAUACACAUAAGCACAGUGAGGGAGAGCAGAGCCCAGGAGGAGACUCACGCCAUCGGGCAAUGCUGCUGAAGCCCAAAUAUGACCGCUUCCGCAAUGACUCGGUGACCUCGUCAGAUGACCUCUUGCAGAGCCUCGCAAUGAGUGGGAAAGUGGCAGGCACCCCAGUCACCUCCUCGGUCACCCCGCAGACCCCUUCGCUCAUCCCGCUUGACCGUCAGGACCGCCGCCCUGGCCCUCCAGCUUUGGCCGACUCCCCGUGCGCUGACCAGGACGUGGCCACCACUUUCUGCAUGCUUAUUCCCAAGAUGCCUCAAUGGAAGUUUGCUAACCCAUCUACUUUUCUCGGCAGGGGAUCUGGCAAUAAGGAACUCGGGAACAAAGUAGGAGCAGGCAGCCCAGGGGCAGGAACCCCAUCUGGCAGCGUCGCCAACCCGGUUGCUAGUUUAGCAGCUGUCCUGAACUCCUGUGACCCUGUCUGUGUUACCCCUUGCUCCUUGCAGGCCAUGAACAGACUUCGCAGCGGUGGCAGCAGCAACAGCAACAUGGGUACGGCUGGUGGAGAAGCACCAGCGCCUGCCUCGGGGAGUGCAGGCAAUACCCCAACAGUGGGACGGUGGGCCAGAGUGGAUGGCAUGAGAAUUGGGGGCGAGGACUUCACCCAUAGAGGCAGCUUCAUCAACAAGCCCUCUCAGGGAUGGCUACACCCCGACAAGAAGAUCCUGGGAUCGGGAGCUCACUACAUUGUCAGGUACAUGGGAUGCAUCGAGGUCCUCAGGUCCAUGAGAUCACUGGAUUUCAGCACAAGGACACAAGUGACAAGAGAGGCCAUUAAUAGGCUGUAUGAAGCUGUGCCAGGGGUGAAGGGCGCAUGGAAGAAAAAGGCUGCCAACAAAACCCUUCAGUCCAUCAUGGGCAGAAGUAAUCUUCGCUUUGCUGGGAUGAGCAUUGUGGUGAACAUUUCCGUGGAGGGAGUUAGGCUCAUGAUGCCAACAACGCGACAGAUUAUUGCCAACCAUCCCAUGCAGUCCAUCUCGUUUGCUUCUGGAGGUGACACGGACACACCUGACUAUGUGGCGUAUGUGGCUAAGGACCCAGUCAAUGAAAGAGCCUGCCACAUUCUGGAAUGCUAUGACGGACUGGCCCAGAGCAUCAUAAGCACAAUCGGACAAGCCUUUGAGCUGCAGUUCAAGCAGUACAUGCAUAGUCCACCCAAAGUCAUCAAUUUCCUUGACCGGGGCAUUACCACAGAAGAGUCAGCCUGGGGGGACGAUGAAGACUCUUCUGAACAUGACUACUAUAACAGCAUCCCUGGAAAGGAACCUCCGGUGGGGGGUCUGGUGGAUUCGAGACUCAGGCAACCAGGCCACCAUCUUAACCAUAUGCUCAACCAUGCCAGUAAGACUCCCCAGUUUGUCUCACUUUCUAAUAAAGAGAUGACCCAAACUCUGGACCAACCAUGUUAUGAUGCCAGAAGGGAGCCUGACCACCCCAGAGGCACAGGAUUAACAAGCGAUGGCUACCUUCGGGCUGAUGGCCGGCCACCUGGAAGCUGCGACUAUGAAGAGCACUUGUAUGUCAACACGCAGAACCUGGACAGUGAAAUGGCUGAGGGGGCACGCGACAGCCCCACAAAGGACCUCUUUGAUAUGAGACCGUUUGAAGAUGCCCUGAAGCUCCAUGAGUCAGGGAUGGUACUAGGAGUUGGCGGGGAGUGUGUUUGCCCACCCAUUGAGGAUCAGUGGCCCAGUCCACCUAGACGGAGAGCCCCAAUUGCCCCCACUGAAGACCAGCUUCGCCACGAGCCAUGGUAUCAUGGGAGAAUGAGUCGACGCGAUGCGGAGAAACUUCUAGUGAUGGAUGGAGACUUCCUUGUGAGAGACAGUGCCACCAAUCCAGGGCAGUAUGUGUUGACUGGGAUGCACAGUGGACUGCCCAAACACCUCCUGCUUGUUGAUCCGGAAGGAGUGGUGCGUACCAAAGAUGUUAUGUUUGACAGCAUCAACCACUUGAUCAACUAUCACCUCCAAAACGAAUUGCCCAUUGUGGCAGCCGAGAGUGAGCUGCACUUAAAGCAAGUGGUUCGCAGGAAACAAUGACUACUUCAGUUCCAGAGUGGUCCCAGCUGUUUCCUUGAAAGGAGGUAAAGUAUGAAGUACAUCUGGUUGCCUUAAAUAAAGAAAAACAAGAGUGACUCAGGCUGGCCUCUGAGCAGAAGUACUGGAAGUCUGUGACUUCUUUGGAAUGAGGACCCACAUCUGUAUUUUUGAUGCCAGCUGCCUAAUGGACUACACAGGAAGCGUAGGUAGCAUACUAUACCGUGAAAGACAAUCCUGAGCUUUAAUAAGAGACUUCAGUGUGAAGCGCCAAAGCGUGGCUGGCAUCACAGAGAAGAGCGCAGCACACUAAUUCACCAAAUCUGUGGACGCCGUUGACAGAUUAGAAAGAAAAUGAAUGAUCCCUGUUCUCUAGUAUGCGGCUGUGGCGGGAGCAGUCAUUAAGGACCACAAUGGAGGAUGAAGAUACAGAGCAGAACUGCUGGACAUUUCAUUCUCUUGCACUCUUAUUGUUCUCAGUUGCUAUUUCCAAUCCUACUAUGGGUGGGCACCAAAGAUACAAACAGAAAUGACGGCAGAUGCGCACACGACAUAGACAGAAACGUGACCAUCUGCUGUGUGAAAUGUCAUUUAAGGAAUUGUGAAAUGAUGCGAUUUCAGGAAAUGCCUUAAUGUCUGUUCAGUGGAAUGAAUGCCUGACUGCCCUUUUUUAUCUAUCCUGGAAAUGAGUUACUCAUCGUAAGAAUAAAAGUAAAAGUUA